GAUCUCAAUCCCCCACGAUCUAACAGAACUAGUUUAAACUACAAAAUUAUGUUGAGAUGACAGAGAACAAGCUACUUUUAAAAAUUUUCAGAUUAAUUCUGUUCUCUAAUGUACUUGCAACUUAUUUUGGUUUCACAUUAAUUGUGUGUACGAGUCGUCUGUCAAAUUAAUAUCAUAACAUUGAUUAAUUUUUUUGAUUAAUCAGAAAUAUACACAGAAUGUUAAGUGAUUGUUUAUGUCUACUGAUUGUGUGCAAUUAAAAACUUAUUUUCUGAAUGUUUGCUAUACGUAUAAGUAUUAAACGCAAUAUUGAAGAACACAAUCGUAUCGUUUUUUGAUACAGUUAGUGUCGAUUUUGUAUUGACACAAAUAAUGUUUUUUAUAAUAAUGUAUUUUAUAAACAAAUAUGAAUAAACAGAGAAUAUUUAGAAAUAUAUUAUUAUCUUUUAUCAAUAAAGAAUAGAUAAUUUCGUGUAAAACUUAAAUAAUUUUCUGUGACUCGUACAAAGAUUUCAGUUUAUAUAUUUAUAAACAAAUGGAUAUAGACUGAAAAGACAUAUUUAAACACAAAAAUAGAUAAGUAUCAAAUAAUCUGAAGUGUGACGAUAUUUCAUUAUGGAGAAUAUUAUGCGGUCUAUGCAAGAGUGUAAUGCUAUUCGUUAUGCAUCUUAUAGAACUGCUGCAAAAAUGCAAAUAUUACAUAAGGAAUUAUACAUGAUGCAUGUACAAUUGGAAUUAAUAGCUGGAGUAUUUGAACGUCAUAGGCUCUCUAUCACUGAAAAUUGUGUUAAUUUAGAUCCGAGUGAAAUUGAAGAUGUUUUGUCAGAUAUUUAUUUCGCAGCAAAAAAAGAAAGUAAUUUCAAUUUUGAUGUUAAUUUGGUGACUAAACUUGCUUCAAGUUAUAUCUUGAACAUUUUUGACAAACGAAGUACUGGAAAUAUUUUAGUAUUCUCAGUAAAGGUUGCACUAGUAUUAUUGAGCAGUGGUAAAUUACAAGAGAAAUAUGGAUAUUUAUAUCAACAAUUAGCCGAUCAUAAUGCAUGUCUAUCUCGGGCUAGCUUGCACACCUUAUUAACAAAUAUCUGCAAAAUAACAGAAAUGCUAGGAGAAAGUAUAGCAUAUGGAUAUGAGCAGAUUCAAUCACAUAUAGAUGCCUGUUUUGUUAAGUCUCAAGGUGGUCUUGGAGUUACUGAAGCAGAAUUUGCUACGUGGAUCAUGCAGGAACCUCCGUUACUACUCUGGAUUACAACAUUCAAUCGAAUAAAAUCUGCAGAACACAUUGUGCAUAACAUCAGAUGUUCCUCAUGUAAAGUAACACCAGUACAGGGACCACGAUAUACAUGUUUGAAAUGUACGGGAUAUCAUCAAUGCCAAGAAUGUUUUUUCUUGGGAAAAACAUCAAAUAAGCACAAACUGAAGCAUCCAAUUCGCGAAUAUUGUGUAAAGACUUCACAUCGUGAAAUUACAAAAUUGAUCAUUGAAGUGGUCAGAAAUAAGUUAAGGUUAUGCCCCACCAGAACAGUCACGAUAGAAGACUCGAUUACAGAACCUGCCAGCAACGAAAUUAGACGAAUGGAUUACGGCUCAUUAAGAAGCACAGUGAAACGAAAAAUUCUGUCUGAUCCACAAAAGGAAUUACAAAGUAUCAUAACGCACUUGGAAGAGGAAAAUCGACAAUUGCAAAUUGAGCUGUUAGAUAUACAAGGUACCAAAGCAGAGAGGCUACAACGUCAUAGAGCAACCAUCGAAUCUCAAUUGCAGAGACUGAAAAUGCUUAAGAAAUGUUUAUUCACCGAUUCGACUCAGGCGCCACAGAUUAUUAAUCGCAUGCAAAGCACACCAAUGCUACGACCUUUAUCAUCCAGAUUAACGGCUUUGCCUCUAGAAUUUGAAUUAAGCCCAAUUAUCAGGCAAGAUAGCAUAGGCGAGCAAGAAACCAAAUUGCAACAUAGAAAAAAUACAAAAUUAAUAUUAGAUAGUUUCAAUACAUCAUCACCUAUAGAGCGUACAGACGAAGAUAACGCCAAUGCUCUUCCUUGCAUCAAAGAGACUUUUACGGAUACUGGAUUCGCUAACAUACCAGAAAAUAGUCGAAUAGAAUUAAGUACUUGGAUUGGAGGAACGAGAAGAAGGGAAUUGAAUCCAACUGACAGUGGUUUCUCUCAAUGGUUGGCCGCUGGUAACUCGAACUGCAAAGAGAGUAAUUAUGCGGUCAAUACGGCAAUUAGUAGUACAGAUAAUGAUACAUCACUGAUAGCUUCUCAAUCUCCUACUGGCAUUCACAGAGAUAAUACUCCAUCUUCCCUGCAGCGUCCGGACAAACAUUCACAGCACAGUAGUUUGCAAAAUAUUCAAGGAGAUCUUAAUGAUAUAUUAGACAGACUGCAAAAUAUGGUUGCCAAUGACUGUUUACUCGAUGAUUCAUAUGAUGGUAAUGACAAUUGUAAACUGAAACGUGCCACCACAGAAAUGGAAGAUUUAUUGACUGGUCUCAUCGAAGGUAUGGAAUCUCGUAAAAGUAAACUUACCACUAUCGUUUGAAAAAAUGUUUGUAAUAAAUUCAAAUAUCGUGCAUUUACAAAUUUUUUAUAUUGCUUUGAUUUUUUUAUACAAUUUCAUUAUAUAAUAAUCUUUUAAGUACUUAUCUUUUUAAUCUUUUGAUCAAUCUGCUGUAUAAAAUGUCAAUACCAUUUUUUAACAUUAUCAUCUAAAGAAAUUAAUGCAUUAUUGAAAUCAUUUUAAGUAAUAAUGAGUAUGAAUAUUGCAUUCGAUAUUAGGCAUUGAUAAUCAAGCAAAUAUAUUUAAUACUAAUUGCGAAACAUGAUUAUGACCAUUAUAUAUUUUUACAUAUAUAUAUUUAUUGUAUUAUCUGUGCAAUCAUAAAACAAUCUAUCGCGAACAUUUUUAUUUUAUAUAUGGAUGUUUUAUAGACAUUUUUGUGUAUAU